AGACAUGUUGAGCAGAAUGUCUAGUCAUAUACCCACAGAGGACUCUGGACAUCUUGGGACUAAGGAGCACAUUUGUUUGGCAAGCCAGGACUUGAGGCAAGCUAGUAAGAGUGUGCCUCACUUGCACAGUUUGAACCUUGAAGUGGCUCUACACAGGGGUGUCAGCGAGAGUUCAAAACUUCUCUGGACUGAAACAGACGAGGCUCUACUGACCAAUAGUACCAAAGAGGUCAUUUCAACAAUCUUGACCUCAUGCGAGGAUCAGGCAUCAAAUGCACCUUGCUUCUCCACAGUAGGAAAGAAAAUAUCUGAUAUGUCCCUUGAGGUCAACAUGUUGGUAGGUGGUGUUCUGUCUCAGCUGAAGGACAUCUCCUUGUCAAGGUCCCCAACACCAUGUGAAGACAUGUUUGAACGUCUCCAAGGUUCUCCUGAGCGAACCUCUCCAGUAAGUCUAGAUUGCAGCACGGCUGCCUCCAAAGGCAUUGCAUCUUCCCACAGUCUUUCAAUAAAGAGCCUCCAAAAACUCUCUAGUCAUGAGUUCCAAACCAAAGCUGAGAAAGGAGUGAGUGAGGUCAUCUCUAGAUCAUUUAACAUUGUGGAGGAAGGCACAACAGAUAAGUACCUCCAGUCUGUAUCUACAUCCACCACAUCUACUGAUAUUAUACAAACCAUGGUGAAAGACCAGCAGGAGCUCACCCAGUUAUCUGACAUGGUAUCUGGAACAUCCCUGCUCACCACUGGACAGGUUUCUGAGAAAAGGAUCUGGUCUGCUGCUUGUAACAUCUACUACAGUCUGCAAAGUAAGAUUACGGAGUUUCUCAGAAAAGAUCUUAAAAAAUCAGACACAACACUUGGUUCAAUCCAAAUCUCUACCUAUCAAAGCAGUCCUGCAUCACAAAGAGCAAGUAUCGGCCAUCUUGAGGUCAAUCAGAGCAGUGUUACACCUGGAGUAAACGUUGCCUGUGUGGACAUUCCGCACAAAUUACUAUCUAAAACCACUGAGCUCUCAGGAUCCAUGCUGGAGGAUAUUGACACGAUCCGUUGUAGGAGUGCUGACAGCCAAAAUACAAGAAAUACCUCUUCUUCACGCUCCUCCAUCUCUCUAACACCUACUUCAAAAUUAAGGCAGUCGAAAUGGCACUUUGCCUUACCCGGGACUCCCAUCCCCACUGAGUUUUCUGCUCAGAUUGACUUUCCCAUUGUUAGAAACACAAUCAUUGAGGACUUCUUUCACACAGAGGACUUACUUCCUGUAACCUUUGUGGACAAAGUCAGGCAAGCUGCUGGGGUGGUAGUGGACAUUAUGGUGGAAAGUGUUGAGAACACACAGGAAGAUGGACAGGGUGCUUCACAUCUUGACGACCUCCGAUCUGCUGUUAGGAAAUUGAGAAAAAUCAUAUCCACUUGGACCAUCCACAUUUUCAGCCAUGAAUUGGUGGAUAAAGUGAUAGCCCUUCAGGACAGCCACAGCACUCCACAGGUCUUAACAUUAGAAGCAGCCAAAAGUGCUUCAGACUCCAUUCUUUCAAGGCUGAAAUGGGGAAAGGAACAAUGUGCCAUAUCCAAGGAGCUCUCCUCUCAGCUUCUCCAGAUAUUUGCUGAAGAGACAGUGAAGGGCUUCCUGAGACAGUGGUCAGAUGAUUAUGAAAACAUAAACUUUGAUGUUUCAGUCCAGAAUGAUCCAAAGACUUCUACUUGCAUGGUCAUUCUUCAAAUGAUCACCAAAGCCACUGCUAAAUGUUAUUUUGAGUCCACUACCAGCGUGGCCACCAGUGACAUUGUAGAAGGCGUGUUUGAUUUGGAAAGGGAUACCAUCAGCAGUACUGGAGAGCAGGUCCUCACCUUUAACACAAAGGGUUCCAAGAAAGUUAGUAAGAACCUCUGUCCUCAAGAGUCUCUGGAGUACCAGCCUCAGAACAUUUCCCCUACUGUGUACUUUACAGAGACGAUGACAACAUCUCAUGGCUCCUUUUCUCCAGAGGGAAUUUAUGAUAUCGCAUCGUCCUUCCCACUUGAAGAGAAGAGUCGCAAACCCUCCCUUUUCACCAGAUUGUCUAGAUCCAUCAAGAAAGGCUUUCUCAGCCCAUUCAAAUCUUCAAGGAAAAACAAAUUAUUUAAUUAAAUUCCUCAUUAUAACAACGAGAGCAUUCAUUUGUUCAGAUGAGAGUCU